AUGUUGCAACAAUGCAAAUUAAUAAUUUGGGACGAAUGUACGAUGUCACGCAAGCAUGCAGUCGAGGCACUCGAUCUAAGCUUGCAAGAUAUCCGGGGCAGCCGAAUGCUGAUGGAUGGAGUGGUCAUAUUGCUCGCAGAAGAUUUUCGGCAGACGCUACCUGUCAUCGAGCGAGGCAUUGGCGAGAUAAGUGCGUGUAUCAAGGCUUCGCCAUUGUGGGUAAAGAUGGAAAUAUUGAACCUCACAACUAUCAUGAGAGUCCAGCAGUACAAUGAUCGAGUGUCCGAACUCUUUGAUCAAGACUUCCUUGAGAUCGGCGAGGUAGAUGAACUAAUUGGUAAGGUUUUUCCUAAUAUACAACAAAACUUGCGCAACCUGGCUGGUUACGCGAACGACAAAUCUUGGCGAAAUUGUUCAGGUCGCUUAGAAAUUCAAACUUGUAAGGGGCACUGUGGUUAUCCGGUAACUCAUUUUUGGCGCCAUGCUAACAAUGUAAUCUUCUUUCAAGCAAAAGGAUCGCAUGAUCAUCCAAGACCUGAAGUAAAGGGUUCAACAGAGACUCGACGGCUUUUCGGUAAUAGUCGGCGAAACCGUAAUGUUUCCGUGGUCCUUACACCUGGGAAAGUCGCACGCAAUUUGGAACACAAUCUACAGAGUAGAACAACAUGCGUGAUAAAUACUGCCCGGGAUUUGAAUUCUGUCAAUAAAUCCACAGCUCAUUAUUGUAGUUUUUAUGAAAGAUGUCAAAAUAUUACACCGUUGGCGCAAAAGCAGGACGUUACAGAGCCUCUUAAGAUUUUGCCAUCUUCUACUUCAUCUUUUACGUCACCCAAUUUGUGUUUUGAUACCAUGUUAACGAGUAAUUCGCAUAUAAAUCAAAUGGGCACAUCAGAUUUUCACAGAGGUGAAAACGCAUAUGCUAUGAUUGAAAAUCGUCAGCCAACAUCGAUUAGAACAUCCUCGAAUUCCCCUUAUUACACUUCGUCUAUGCAGCUUCAUCAACUACAACAUCGGUCUGUCUUAGCUAAAUCAAUGCACAUAAACUCCGCAUGUGAAACAAGAUAUGAUACCCCAGUCCUUCAUGAUACUCAUCGAUUUAAUGAAGCUUAUGAUGACACAUCAAGAAUAACGUCAAGCUCCGGGUAUAAUUCAGAUGAAUUUGUUCCUUCAUUUAUACCAUGCUCCACGUCCUCCAGCUCUCUUAUAAUCGCUAACAAUCAACGCCAUGAGCUAGCUAGGUCGGUGGCAUACUUCGCUGCGCAAACUUCAGAAAUAUUUAACUCUGUGUUUGAACCAGUUUCAAUGCAAGAAAGUCAACUGCCUAAUGUUAGCAGUGAUCUACAAUCGAUCGAAGAUUAUGUAUCUACAAGCGCUUAUGAAAAAACCCCAGAAAACGCCCAGUUACCAUACCAAUGUUCAACGUUUGAUACUAAUCUAAAUACUGAGUUUUACUACAGCAAUUCCAGCGGCGAUAACGGUGUCUGGAACAUUUGUAUUUAAAUGACUUUAAUAAUCGUGUUUCCUUUUAAAAUUACUUUGUACAUUCUUAUUAGAAAGCAUUUAGUAAUAUACAUU